AUGAGCAGGGUCUUGAGCAGAGCAUAUGGUUCUUCACAGACUAAUAGGCUUAAAGCACUGCUUUUCCCGGGUCAGGGGUUUCAGAAGCUUGGAAUGUUGAUUCCAUUUCAUAAGAAGUACCCAGGAAUUGUCGAGCCAAUACUGGAAGAGUUGGAUGAAUCGCUGAAAGAACGUAUAUCAGUGGCACUUAUAAAUGAGGCAGGGGUCUCAGGACCUGACAAGGAAAGUGUCAAUUUGACUUCGAAUGCCCAGCCACUGCUUCUUGCUGCUGGAUAUGCCAUUUACAAAAUACUCGAGGCUUCGCAGCCCCAUGUGCAGUAUGGAUACUUCUUGGGCCAUUCGUUAGGUGAAUACACAGCUUGGACAGCUGCCGGAAUCCUGCAAUUCUAUGACUCGGCAUGGAUAGUUCGUCAACGUGGGAAGUCAAUGGAGGCUGCCACGGAUUUGUUUCACUCAAAAACGAAUAAACAGACUGGCAUGACUCUGGUAAUGCUUCCGCCAGCCGGUACUGAACAUCUGCAUAAAAACGUUCUUGCAACUUCACUUUUGACAUCGGCCGUGGAACAAAACAAGUUGGUCGAUAUAGGGAAUAUAAAUUCCAAGUCGCAAAUAGUACUUUCUGGAGUCAAGGAUGAGAUCAAGCUGUUAAUUGAGCAAUUGAACUCAACAUCUGAGUUUAUAGAAAACAAGAUCCGACUGCGUACACGAGAUUUGACAGUUUCUGGACCAUUCCAUUCCCAAAUAAUGACCCCUGGACAAGAAACAAUGCAGUCAAUUCUAGACACAACACUUGCUACAGCUGCCAACCGUAGCCCACUCACGUGGCAUUGGCCACCAAAAACACCCAUUAUCUCCAACAUCACAGCGAACCCAUUUCAGACCCUUGACGAAGUACAAGCUAGUGUCGUUGAUACUCUCACAAAAACUGUGCAGUGGUCGGACUCUAUACAGUACGCGAACUCCAAUGGGUGUAAAACGUUUGUUUCUCUUGGUCCUGGUCGCAUUGGCAAGCAAACUGCCACUGAACUGUCCCCGGGCUCAGAUACGGUUUAUAUCGACACUCCUGAAAGCAUUGACGAGGUUCAUCUAUAG